GGGGGAACUGUUCUUUGGCACUUGUGCUGGGCUGGGGAACCUUUUCUGUGGAACACGAAAGGCUGGUUGGUUGUGUUCUCUUCUGUCUGCGAGAAAAUCGAGUUUCUUUUAAAAAAAAACAAAAUAAUUUUGAAGAAAGAGAGAAAUCGAGGGGGGAGAUGUCGGCUUUUACGGAUGAUUAUGGGGCGGAGUAUGAUCCAUACGCCUACAAUGCUGAUUAUGAUCUUCAUACAGGUGACCCUAAGCAGGACCUUGCUUAUGAGCGUCAAUAUGAACAGCAAACUUAUCAUGUGAUCCCAGAAGUCAUCAAAAAUUUCAUCCAGUACUUCCAUAAGACUGUGACUGACCUGAUUGACCAAAAGGUUUAUGAGUUACAAUCUAACCGUGUAUCCAGUGAUGUGAUUGAACAGAAACUUUAUGAAAUUCAGGACAUCUAUGAAAACAGCUGGAAUAAACUGACAGAAAGGUUCUUCAAAAACUCCCCUUGGCCUGAGGCUGAAGCUAUUGCAUCCAUAUGUCGAAAUGAUGCUGUUUUCCUUAUUCUAUACAAGGAACUCUACUACAGACACAUUUAUGCUAAAGUCAGUGGAGGACCUACAUUGGAGCAGAGAUUUGAAUCCUAUUACAAUUACUGCAAUCUGUUCAACUACAUUCUGAAUGCGGAUGGUCCAGUUCCCCUGGAGCUCCCAAACCAAUGGCUGUGGGACAUCAUUGAUGAGUUCAUUUACCAGUUUCAGUCUUUCAGUCAGUACCGCUGCAAAACAGCCAAAAAGACAGAGGAGGAAAUCGACUUCCUGCGGUCAAAUCCCAAAAUCUGGAAUGUUCACAGUGUCCUUAAUGUCCUCCAUUCAUUGGUUGACAAAUCCAACAUCAACCGGCAGCUGGAGGUCUACACCAGUGGAGGAGAUCCUGAGAGUGUUGCUGGGGAGUAUGGACGUCACUCUCUAUAUAAAAUGCUGGGAUAUUUCAGCCUGGUAGGACUUCUGCGUCUCCACUCACUGCUUGGAGAUUACUACCAGGCUAUCAAAGUGCUUGAGAACAUUGAACUCAAUAAAAAGAGUAUGUACUCCCGAGUACCAGAGUGUCAAGUUACAACUUAUUAUUACGUGGGCUUCGCCUACCUGAUGAUGCGCCGUUACCAGGAUUCUAUUCGUGUGUUUGCCAACAUAUUGCUGUACAUUCAGAGGACCAAGAACAUGUUUCAACGUUCAACCUACAAAUAUGAGAUGAUAAACAAACAGAAUGAACAGAUGCAUAGUCUGUUGGCAAUCGCCUUGACGCUGUAUCCGAUGAGGAUUGAUGAGAGUAUCCACACACAGCUACGAGAAAAAUAUGGAGACAAAAUGCUGCGUAUGCAGAAAGGGUAG